AUCCCUUCGACCCUUCCGCCGAGCUCGGCCUCGGGCGGCGUCCCGGUCUCACCGCGACCGGGCGGUGAGAGGUAGAACGGCCACCAGACAUCAACCGUGAAGGGGUGGCGUCAAGGCAGCGCUGAAGCGGCGGCGACGUCGAGGCUCGAGCUCCCGUGCCGCGCUCCGAGCUAACCUAGAUGAACAUACUCGAAAGGAUACGUGGAGGUGGCGACAGGGCGGCUGCCACGGAGCGCCCCCCGCGGCCGGAGUGCUGGGUGGAGAUUUCGGAGUCCGUCUCACGGCUCUGCAGCUUCGACGCCGCCGGCAGCGGUAGCCGCAGCAUCUCUGUAAAAGUUAUUCAGGAUUCUAGACCUAUACAUGACAAACUUGUUGAUUCUUUCUUGAACAAAAUUUUUCCAUCAGGUUAUCCAUACAGUGUGAAUGAAGGUUACUUAACUUAUACCAAAUUCCGUGUGCUACAGCAUUUCUCGAGUGCUAUGCUACAUGUGCUAUCAACACAGUCCUUGCUGUUUGCUGCAGGUUUGCGACCUACCCCGGCGCAAGCAACUGCUGUAAGUUGGAUUCUAAAAGAUGGAAUGCAGCACGCAGGAAAGCUCAUUUGUAGCAGCAUGGGUGCAAGAAUGGAUUCUGAACCAAAGAGUUGGAGGAUACUUGCUGAUGUUCUCUACGAUCUCGGUACUGCAUUGGAAGUUGUUUCGCCGCUGUGCCCACAACUUUUCCUUGAAGUAGCAGGCUUGGGAAAUUUUGCGAAGGGAAUGGCCGUUGUUGCAGCAAGAGCAACGAGGCUUCCAAUUUACUCUUCUUUCGCCAAAGAAGGCAAUCUUAGUGAUUUAUUUGCUAAAGGGGAAGCCAUAUCAACACUUUUCAAUGUCAUGGGAAUUGGAGCUGGAAUUGGAUUGGCAUCUACUGUUUGUUCAACAACUCAAGGGAAGUUAAUUGCAGGCCCGUUACUUUCCGCAGUGCAUAUAUGGGGUCAUCCAAGAGAUGAGAGCAACUCCUGUAAACACACUCAACCCACAAAGAACAGCAAUGAUCGUGGCUGAUUUUAUCAAGGUUUGGUAUCUCUGAUCUAUUAACGCAACCUUUUUAUCCAGUCCAGCUACGACAGUAACAUUUGUCUAUUAUUUACUAUACCAAUAAACGUGGCAUCAGCUGAAAGGAGCUUCUCAAAGCUUAAGUUAUUGAAGAAUUAUUUAAGAUCUACAAUGUCUCAAGAAAGGUUAAACGAGCUAGCAACUUUAUGUAUUGAGAAGAAAUUAUUAGAUGAUGUCAAUAUUGAAGCCAUCUGAUGAUUUUG